AUGGCCGGAGGGGCCGGCGGCGGCAGGGCGGCGGAGAUAACGCUGGAGCGCACGCCGACAUGGAUCGUGGCGUCCGUGUGCUCCAUCAUCGUCCUCAUCUCCCUGCUCUUCGAGCGCCUGCUCCACCGCCUCGGCAAGAGGCUAACAAAGGGCCGCCGGAAGCCGCUGUACGAGGCCCUGCUCAAGGUCAAAGAAGAGCUGAUGCUGCUGGGCUUCAUCUCCCUGCUGCUCACCGUGUUCCAGGGCGCCACGCAGAAGAUAUGCGUCCGGGAGAGCCUGAUGCACCACCUCCUGCCGUGUCCGCGCGCCGGCGCCCGUGCCGCCAAGGCUGCGCAGCACUACCAAAUGAUCAGACAUGUGGAGGAAUUCAAAUUUAUCAAAAAUCACUUCAGAGGUCAUGGAAAACGAUGGGAAAUAUUCGGUUGGCUGCGUUCUUUUUUCAAACAAUUUUAUGGGUCAGUCACCGAGGAGGACUACACAACCCUGCUACUUGGCUUUGUCAUGAAACACAGCAAGGGGCAUCCAAAAUUUAACUUUUACAGUUAUAUGAAUAGAGCACUAGAAGGGGAUUUCAAGAAAGUUGUUGGCAUAAGCUGGUACCUUUGGGCUAUGUUGAUGAUAUUCCUGCUACUGAAUGUUCAUGGAUGGUAUGUCUACAUUUGGAUAUCGGUUGCACCAUUCGUUUUGCUACUUGUGGUCGGAAGUAAGCUGGAGCAUAUUAUCACGGAGCUAGCUAUUGACGUUGCCCAGAAGAAUACUGCAAUAGAAGGGGAGCUAGUUGUAGCUCUUUCAGAUGAAUUCUUUUGGCUCCAUCGGCCUAAACUAGUCCUUCUAUUGAUCCGUAUCAUCUUGUUCCAAAAUGCAUUUGAGAUUGCAUUUUUCUUCUGGCUGCUGGUAACAUAUGGAUUUAAAUCAUGUAUUAUUGGAAAACCAGCAUAUGUUAUUGCUCGUCUGGUGAUAAGUGUCAUCAGCCAACUCCUAUGUGGAUACAACACCCUCCCUCUAUAUGCUCUCAUAUCUCAAAUGGGAGGUUCGUUUAAGAAAGCCAUGUUCGAUGAAAGUAUAUCUGAAGGCCUCACCAAUUGGGCUCAAAAGGCUAGGAAGCGUAAUAGAAUGACAACACCAAGUGUUGGUGACAAUUCACCCGUUGGUGAGGGAAUUCAAAUGACAAAUGACUGCUAG